AUGUUCACCCAAUCAAGGAUUGCCACGAUGAGGAGGCGGAGCAUGAAGCUCACGGUGGAUAGCAUGGUGCCAAUAUUAAGCCUCCUAUCCCUGAUAGAUUGCUUCAUCCCCACACUUGGCCUACCUUACCAAUGCUUAAUCGUAUUCUGCUUGAUGUGUUAUUCAAACACCUUUAAAGGCAUCAUUUCAAACUUCACGAAGAUUCCCAGCGGGAUCCUCAAGUAUGUUCUAGGUGAAGCGGCGUUUCUGGCGGUCGCAGGGCUUCUCAUCCAACUUGCGGAGGCCUUUGUUGAUGGCUACGUGCCUCCAACCCGGGCGCGCCGUGAGCGUAUGGAUCAAGGCGAUCCUGGUAUUGUGAGAGGGCUGUGGCGGACUAUCAUUGCCAUCCCAUGGAUUCCGGUCCGUAUCGGCUCUGCCAUAGCGGCUACGAUUCAGGGGGUCAUUGUUCAAUCAGCUGUGCUAGCACUAGACGAAUGGGACUCCCAAGACUUUGCAGACCGCAACCCUGGCGCAGAUGAUGCAGAGCCGGCGUGGGAUGUCUGCAUUCUACAACGUGUCAAGGGCAUGUGGGAUUGGCUCGCACAAGAUGGAAGGACCUUCUUGAAACAAAGGUGGGCGGACAUGAAGUCCCGCGAUUUGACCCGGCAAAUAGAGCCAAACGAUGCCCCUGGGGAUCUUGGCGAUCUCCUUGUCCGUAAGGAUAUCGAUGGGGAUGAUCAUACGCUUGACCAUUCUUAA